AUGACCACGGCAGCGGCCACUCGCAGAUCAUCGCGUCUGAGCGGCGCUUCCGCCUCGAGCAAUGACGACUCGGCGGCCAUGAACCUACCAGCCACCUCGUCCGCCGCCAAGGCCCCUCGGCCGACGCGCAGAUCAACAGCGGCUGCAUCCGCCCGCUCGUCGGGGGCCUCGUCGGGCGCCUCGUCGGCCGUCAUCCCUGCGGUCGCGUCGAGAACGACCAAGCGACCCGCCGCCGCCGGGACAGGCCGGCAGCAUCGGUUCUCCGACGUCUUUGGAGAGCUCGGGGACGAUACGCGCAUGCACGAAGACACCAGCCUCGGCGGCAUCGUCGCCACGGAGAGCGCCUCGCGCAAGGCCAAGGGCAAGGCCAAGACGGAUCCAGCCGGGGCGGAAGAGCUCUUAUUGGCCGAGGAGCCACCGACCAAGUCGAAAGCGGCCAGCCGCAAGAAUGGCGCCGCGAGCGCAUCGCAGCCCACCGCACGGCCAGCGCGCGCACCACGGAAGACGCUCGGGGAGGAGGCUGAAGGCGAGUUCAUCUUCCAACGCGACGUGGGUCCACAAAGGAAGGCCGCAUCGACGCAGGCGUCCAACGGCGCCCACGCCGCUGCUGCCGCGGCGAUGCCACCACCCGCGAUGGGCGCACCCGCAGCACGGAAGCGCCGGGCAGCCUCGCCAAGCAGCGGCAAGCAGCCCAGCUCCAGCUCCUCGUCUUCGUCCCGCGCCGGCUCAUCCCGCAGCGUGGUGGGCAGGACCACCUAUGAGCCGCUGCCGGACGAGGCGGCUGGCGAGACCCCAAUCAUCCGACGGAAUCAGGCCUUCCGCGCUGGUCUCGAGGUCCACCCGGGGUCUGGCGGGUCAGGGACCUCGGGCGGCAGACGGUCCGGCGGCAGCGGCCGGCGCAGCAGCUUGGGUCUCAAGGGCGAGAAGAGGCGGUCGUCGCUUCGCGAUCCCGCCGUGGCCGCCUACCCGCACGACGACGUCCCGGAUCACGAACUCUUCCGGCAUUGCCCGCCAGACACGACGCCCCAGAUCCGGAUGCGUCACCUGAUGGGCUGGUCGCUGAAACGAUCCCUCGGGGCCGCGCUCGGGGAGCUCGGAGCAUCCAAGACCACCGCUCCAUCCGCCGCCACCAAGGGCAAGCGGAAAAAGGCCGAUGCCGCGCUCCCGGCCUUGACCGAAGCCGAGAAGCGGGAGCUCUCGCAGCAUCGCGAGGGUAUUCUUCGCGUCCUCGAGCAGCUGCUCUCGGACCUCCACUGCGGCGCCUUUGGCAUCAACUGGAUUGGCGAGAAUGAUCCGGCACCCGGCGGCCCCGCGUUGCAGCCGCAUCCCCGCAACGCCUCCAACAUCGAAGCAAAAUCGCGUCUGGCCUCGACUGUCCAGAACAUGUCGAGCGAGCGGAAGCAGUGGGAAAAGGAGCAGUGGCAGAUUGAAGCAUACGAGGCCGACACAGCCGAGUUGGAGCGUCAACUGGCGGCCACGUCGGACGACGAAAAGGAUCUGGCCAGCGUCGACGAUCUGCCCGAGGUCGAGUGGGACGAGGACGAGGACCUGUCCGACUUCGGGCGGCAGCAGCUGCACGAUGCGAGGAGGGCCAUCGCCGCGCUCGACGGCCUCCUGUCCGGAAACCCCGUCGGUCCUCCUGACGCUACAGCGAAGCCGCCAGCGUCCAAGGGCAAAGCGCGCGCAAGGUCGUCCAAGGCAGCUGCCGAUGCAAAAGAGGCGGCGGCGGCGGCGGCGCUCACGGCGGCCGAGGACACCCAGGGCAGCGAACAGGACUCUCGGUGGAAGGACGUCGAAUUCAACGUCGACCUGCUUCGCGCGCGCUCUCACCAAUUCGCCCAGCUGCAGCUGCUCGCCUCGCGUUACGUCCGGACGGUAUCUGCGCAGAAUGCCCAGGCGCUGCGGGAUAGGACGUCGGCUUCAUCGUCGUACGCCAAUGCCGCUGCCGGCACCAAGCGGUCCGGCUCCAUGAGCCGUGGUGCGUCGGCCGAGGCCGACUCGGACGAAGCGUCAGCAGGAGGCGGCGCCGGCCGACUCGACCGGCUCCUCGGCGGUAUACGCGAGUCGCGCUCGGAUAUUGGCAGCGGCGCCGAGCCAGCGCCAGCCGUCAAGCGACAGAGAACGAGCAGCAAGGACGGCAGCCAAGAACCGCCGUCGACCGACCGCUUCGAGCCCGACGAGAGCGACGCGAUGGACCUACUCCGUGCCCUGGCAAAGUCCUAG